AUGGCUCAGCCCACCCGUUCCUUCACAACAAACCCAAACGCGAGCACCUUCACGAAUACGAGCCGAUCAAGUCUGAGCCAAAACCCCUCCUCAGCACUGCAAGCCCGCAUCGCCCAAAAACGCCAAGAACUCCACAACCUGACGCAGCUGCGCGACUUGUCCGCCGAACUGACCUCGCAGCUGGAAACCCUCCAGGCGAAACUGGGGCAAUUGAACGACGGGGCGCAGAGCGUGGGCCUCGUGCUCGCGAACUGGGAGAACGUAUUGGGCGUGAUUCGGAUGGUCGGGAUGACGGUGCCGACGCCAGUAUCAAAGGCUGAACAUGAUGAUGAUGAUGGCGGUUGUGGUGAUGGAGUGGAAGAGGAGAACGGAAGAAGACCGAAGGACCACCAGCAACCGCAGCUGGAGUUGCCUGUCCCCCUCGUGAGGAUACCGGUGCAACCAAAGACGGGUGGUGGAGGAUGA